AUGUUUAUUGUAUUUCUCAUUCUGCUGUUCGGAUUUAUAGCUUUAUUGGUCUACUAUUAUUUUCUCAUUCAACAACGUUAUCAAUAUUUUAACCAGCGAGGUAUUGCUACUCCGCCCUUCAAUUUCUUCUUUGGACAUUUGAAAACAGUAUGGAAUCAUCCAUCACAUCAUCGUCAACUUGAAAACUGGACAAAACAAUAUGGCAAAAUCUAUGGAAUAUAUGAAGGAACUCACCCCAUUUUGGUUGUUAGUGAUCCUGAUUUUCUUCAAGAAGUCUUUAUUAAACAAUUUUCUGUUUUUCAUACUCGACUGAUUACUAUGCUAGAUGAUGUAAGCCAUAAUCUUGGUUUCUCAACUGGUUCACAGUGGCGUCGUCAGCGUCAUGUAAUUAAUCCGUCAUUUACUGCAGUAAAACUCAAGGAAAUGAGUCCUCUUAUCAAUGGAUCUAUCAGCGAUUUAAUGGAUAAACUCCUCGGACAUUCAAAUAUUGGUGACGAAUUCAAUAUUUAUCUAUAUUACAAACGAGUAACUAUGGAUGUUAUAUGUCGCUGUGCAUUUGGAGUUGAUAUUGAUUUACAAAACAAUCCAAACCAUAUUUAUUUUCAGAAAGUAGAAGAAUUGAUUGGCGUUCAUACUAUUCUGAAAAGUUCUAUAUACAAAAUGACUCAACUAGUACCUGAAACUAGAAGUAUCCUUGCUCGAUUAUAUAUUGCUCACAAUGCUGCACGGAAGUAUAUUAAUACAAGAGUUUUACCAUUAAUAUCAUCAACAAAACAGUUGGAUGAAUCAGCAUUUGCGUGGCUGCUAAAUCGACUACACACAAUUGUCGAACAACGACAAAAAACACCUAUAUCAAGAAAAGAUCUUCUUCAACUUAUGCUACAAGCAAUGAACAAAGAACCAAAUCAGAAUACGGCAGAAGAUGAUAACAAAACAAACCAUUGGCUGUCGAAAGAUGAAGUGAUAGGUAACACUGUUGCCUUCAUGGUAGCAGGAUAUGAAACAACAUCAACUGCUUUGGCUUAUGCUACAUAUGUACUAGCCAAACAUCCAGAUGUUCUUAAAAAACUUCAAGAUGAAAUUGAUCAAUUUCCAAUAGACAGUGAUGAUAAUACUAAUGACGAAAAAAUGAAAGAAUAUCCUGACCAUAAUAUUGUUACACACUUAUCAUACAUGGAUAUGUUCAUUUCGGAAGUAUUAAGAAUGUAUCCAAUUGGUAAUUUCACUGUUCAACGAUGUGCUAUGGAAAAUACCAUUGUACAAGGAAUUAACAUUGAAAAAGGUACUACAGUGUAUGCUGAUAUUUAUUCGAUUCAUUAUGAUCGUGAAUUGUGGGGUCCUGAUGAUCCAUAUAUUUUUCUGCCUGAACGCCACAAAACAAAACGUCAUCCAAUGGCGUUUAUGGCCUUUGGAGCAGGUCCACGGAAUUGUGUCGGUAUGCGUUUUGCAUUGAUCGAAAUAAAAAUGCUAUUGACAAGGCUUCUUCGAGAAUAUACGAUUCUUCCAGGUGAACAUCUUGAAAGUAAUUUCAACAUCCAUGAAGAAAUAGCUAUCGUACCAGAAGCAAUUUGGAUUAAAUUACUCAAAAGAGAAACAUAA